AUGUCACAGCGGUCAUCAAAAAUUGCUAAUCGUGCCAGUAUCAUCGAAGAGUCCGAGAAAGCUAAGAUGAGCGUACGCGAUGCUGCAAGACUGGAGAAGCAGAGGAAGCUCGCAGAGGUCUUGAGAACGAAGGCGGACGCUGAGGAGAGAGGAGAGGAUGUUGAGAGACUGAAGAACUGGGAAUGGACGAUCGAGGAGAACGACGAGUGGGAAAAGAAGUUGGCUCGCAAGCAGAGGAGGGCAGAUUUCGAGUUCCAUGACGAUGCGCAUGCCGCCCGGCGACGGUAUAAGAAAGAUUUGGAUCAAAUCAAACCUGAUUUGGCGGAGUACAACCGAAAGAAGGAGAUGGCUAUGGGGCUUGCACCAGAGAGCCUUUACCGCGAUGCGAACAGCUUGUUGUACGCUGACAACAAACCAAGCGAAGACGCAAUCGACCGCGUAGUGAGCAAGAUGAACAAGGAUAUAGAGAAGAAACGCAACUUCUCGCGGAAACGCGCCAACGAGGACGAAGGCGAUAUCACCUACAUCAACGAACGCAACCGUGUGUUCAACAAGAAGAUCGCUCGGUACUACGACAAGUACACAUCCGAGAUUCGGGCCAGCUUCGAACGCGGUACUGCUUUGUGA